UUUCUGGGUACUACAACUAUGGACUCUGUUGCAGGAAAAGUAGUCCUCAUUACAGGGGGAGCUGGUGGAAUCGGGUUAGCCGUGGUCAAAAAACUUCUCCAAAGUGGUACCAAGGGUAUAUCAAUAGUUGAUAUUUCUGACGAAUCAGGACGGAGAGCCCUCGACGAAAUCGUAGCCACUUUUGGCGAAAAUAAAGCCAUUUUUAUUAGAGCGGACGUCACAAAGAAAACGGAACUAGAAGGGGCUUUUGAAACAACUAUCAAAACCUAUCGCCAACUGGACAUAGUGAUCAACAAUGCUGGAAUUUCGGGGGAGAUCGAGUGGCAACAAACACUGGCAGUGAACUUGGUGGCUGUGGUGGAAGGUACGUAUCUUGCACUGCAGACGUAUCUCCCGAAGUACAAAUCCGGAGAAGAAGGUCUUAUAGUCAAUAUGGCGUCUAUCUGCGGAUUUCAUUCGUUUCAAAUAUCACCCAUUUAUUGUACCGCGAAGCAUGGUCUGAUAGGUUUAGGGAAAGCUCUAGGUGGGGAAGAAUUUUACAAGAAGUAUAAGGUUCGUGUUGUGACGAUGUGCCCAGGGAUGGUACGCACCCCACUGUCUGAAAAAACAGAAGGACUUUUCUUUCCAGACUUACUACAAAAAGAGAUUGGUACUUUGGGUACUAUAAUACAGGCACCAGAACGUGUAGCAGAAGGCCUGAUUGAAGUAAUCAAGAAAGGCAAAACCGGGUCGUUGUGGGUUAUAGAAGACGACCAACCCGCAUACGAAGUUGUAGUACCUCACUACAGAACCAUGAAAGUGUAGAUAAUUUAAAUAAAAAUACUA